UCUUCUCGCGUUGCAUUCUGGCUCUUGCAGUCAGUUAACGAGUAUAGCUUUGUUCUUAGUGCAUGUCCUGACUGCUCUGUCAAAAUGAUGCCUCUGAGCAGUACUCUGUUCGACUCAGAACCAAAUGAAAAUGGGGGCAAACAGCGGACACCGUGCCCGUUGUACGGCUGUAAGCGGGUCUACACGGAUAACAGCUCUUUGGAAACCCACAUCAAGGACCAUGAGAUCCCGGCCGAGUCUCUUCCUGGAAAGGUCUUGCUUUGCUCAAACACGGGCUGUGGUGGUUCUUUUCCCAACAUGCAGAAACUGAUGGAGCACAUUAGGCAUCAUCACAAACCCAACAUAUACUUCCUGUGUGAGAACUGUCGCACAAAGUUACGAACCUACAAAGGCCUCCUCACUCACCUGCACACCUGUUCUAAAGUGUCACAGGGUAAAACAAAGCCUCAUGAACCAGCACCCCCACCAUCAGCUCCUUCUGCUGCUCCAGUAAACCCAAGCACAACCCCCAUGGACCAGGACCCUCCGCAGCUUGAGUCAGUGUUGUCAUCCCAGCAACCCCAAACCACUGAUGGUGCCUUCCCUGUUGCUGCUCCACAGCCAGAGGCUGCUGCACCCCCCCAUCUUGGCCCCCCAUUCCUGCCUAGCCUGGACCCCGCCCCUCCCCUGCUCAAUGCCCAGCAGCUCACAGACGCUGCAUUGCUGACACAGCUCACUAUUGAAGCCCCUGAAAUGCCUCCAUCUCUAAACCUGGAGGGUGCAGCCGUGGUUCCUGCCCUCCCUGAAACCUGGGGCCAGCAGCAGGCACAAACAGGAUCUUCUGAGCCCCCCCAGCCUGCUCCAGCAUCAGCUCCUCAGUCUCCUUCAUCUUCAGCUGUGUGGAGAAAGAAUCAAGCUCUUACCUCGAACAGACGAGUCCUUUGGGAGCACACUAGAGGGCGCUACACAUGUAUUCAGUGCGGCUUCACAGUCACAAACCGCAAAGAUAUGACCCAACACAUUAACAGUCAGCACAGUGGGAACAAAGCAGCAGAAGACAUGGAGAGCUCUCCAGCUACAUCAAAGUGAGGACAAAGGAAGAUGCACUCAACAGUCAUCAAGUUUUUUUGUUAGUUUGUUUUUUUCUGAAACAUUUCAAGUGACUUUUUAAAAUCAGAUAUCAGGAUGAAGCCUGUGUUUCCAGCAUUUGUCCUCCCACAACUGAAGAGACUUUAUAACCUUGAGACUGUUCUCUAAUACAGCCACUGUUUGUUUGAAUCCUUAUUUUUAAGAAGCAUUAAUCAGACUAACCCUACAAAGUUUUUGCAGUCAGAUAUUUGAAAAGAAUCUGUGAACACAGUAAUUUUAGGUAACAGCAGAAUUUUAAAGUAUCUGUUAGAAAUACAAAAAGCACUUACUUACCUGCUCAAGCUUUUGUCAUACUUGACCACAGGAAAAAACUGUUGACUUCAUGAUGUACAGUAACUGUUUUGGUAAAACUCAAUAAAAAGCUCCACCAAGA